GAAAGGGAACAUGUGCCCAGGGAGAAAAUGAGAAAGGUAGUGCAUUUAGGGCCUAGGACGUAUAGCAUCAGGCUGGACACAGGCCCAGUCCCCAUUCGUACCCUGCCAUUCUUAGCUAGCUUAAGGUUCUAAAUCUCAGGACGGGAGAAGCUGGACCCAAGGAGAGAGGAGUGGGAGGAGGGUUCAUGCAUGUUGACAGACCUACAGGAAAUCCCAAUAUUGAAUCAGGUGCAGGCCUCUUUGCACGACUUGUCAAAGAAGGAGGAGGCCAUGUGGGGGGUCCUGUGAGGAACUGGAAGGGGUCUGCAAAGGGGGCAGGGAGGAAGAUGUGAGCUAUGAGAUGGAUGCAGUGGGUGUUCAAGGCGAGGUAAGCCGUGUAAGGUGGGUGAGGUGCCUCACUCAGCAGGUGCCCAUUGCUAGGCAGCUUGCCUCAGGUGGGAAGCUCCAGGACUAUUAGCUUCUCUCUUUGCCUUGGAUAACCCACUAUUUUAGAACUGGGAGUGCAAAGAAAAAUUCCAAGAGGCUUAUGGGUGGGGGUAAAUGGAGAGAGAAUGAGAGGUUAAUUGCUCCCAUACCACUUUCUCAUAAUCUUGUAAUCGCCAACCCCUAGUAGUCCAGUUUUGUUUUUGCCCAAGUCUCCUCCCCAGCUCGACUCCCCGAGCUACCCCUCAACACAUCACACAGAUUUGCUAGCUCCUCCUCCUGACUCUAUAUCCUGCUUUUUAACCACUUCUCCAGGCUUAUGCCACAAUACUCCUAUUCCCUCUUCUCAUCCCAUAUUGUAUCCAACCAAAAAACCAAGGUUGCUCAGAAUUUGAGGCCAAUGAAUGUGUGUGUGUGUGUGUGUGUACAUAUUCUGUCCACAGCCCCACAUCAGUCACUGAGGAACCCUAACAGAGGAGACACUAUAUGCUGCAGUCACAAGGAGACCCAGGAGCAGAGCUUCAGCAGUGCCAGGAUAGAUUCCAGACCCUCUUCCUCAGCCCACCUGUGCCCCACUGUGCAAGAAGUGCCAGAGCCCAAACCGCCUCCAUGGCCCCAGGAAGGAUUCAGGGGAGAGGCCCCAACCAGGGAGCCACUCCUACCAGACAGCCCGGCCAGAAUGGAGCUGACUGAGCUGCUCCUCGUGGUCAUGCUUCUCCUAACUGCAAGACUGGAUCCAUGCCUCCCAGCUCCUCCUGCCUGUGACCCCCGUCUCCUAAAUAAAAUGCUUCGUGACUCCCAUGUCCUUCACAGCAGAUUGAGCCAGUGUCCAGAAGUUUACCCUUUGUCCACACCUGUCCUGCUGCCUGCUGUGGACUUUAGUUUGGGAGAAUGGAAAACCCAGAAGGAGCAGACCAAGGCACAGGACGUUUUGGGAGCCGUAGCCCUUCUCCUGGAUGGCGUCCUGGCAGCGCAGGGACAACUGGGACCCUCCUGCCUCUCUUCCCUUCUGGGACAGCUUUCUAGACAGGUCCGCCUCCUCCUUGGGGCCCUGCAGGGCCUCCUUGGAACCCAGCUUCCUCCACAGGGCAGGACCACAACUCACAAGGAUCCCAAUGCCAUAUUCCUGAGCUUCCAACAACUGCUCCGAGGAAAGGUGCGCUUCCUGCUGCUUGUAGCAGGGCCCACCCUCUGUGCCAAGCAGAGCCAACCCACUACAGCUGUCCCAAGCAAUACCUCCCUAUUCCUCACACUGCGCAAGCUCCCAAACAGGACUUCUGGAUUGUUGGAGACAAACUCCAGCAUCUCAGCCAGAACUACUGGCUCUGGACUUCUGAAGAGGCUGCAGGGAUUCAGAGCCAAGAUUCCUGGUCUGCUGAACCAAACCUCCAGGUCCCUAAACCAAACCCCUGGACACCUGAGCAGGACACAUGGACCCUUGAAUGGAACUCAUGGACUCCUUCCUGGACUCUCACUCACGGCCCUAGGAGCCCCAGACAUCCCUCCAGGAACUUCAGAUAUGGAUGCCCUGCCACCCAACCUCUGGCCCAGAUACUCUCCUUUCCCAGUCCAUCCUCCUCCUGGGCAAUACACACUCUUCUCCCCUUUACCCACCUCGCCCAUCCCCCAGAGCCCACUCCAACCUCCACCUCCUGACCCCUCCGCCACAGCCAACUCUACCAGUCCUCUUCUAAUUGCAGCCCACCCUCACUUCCAGAAUCUGUCUCAGGAGGAGUAAGGUACUCUAGCCCUGCCACCAUCAGCACUGUCUCCAUUGUAAAGUUCCCUUUCCAGGAGGGGAGGCCCUGGGAGUCAAGUUAUACCAGAUUUCCUGCUUUCACCUGAAACCCAAAGCCCUGCUAAAGGGGGAUACACGGGACAGAAAAGGGGAUUUUUCACUGUAUAUUGUAAAACUUCAGAAGCUAUUUUUUUUUUAAGCUAUCAAUAAUAUUCACCAGAGCAGCUAGUUAUCUUUGGUCUAUUUUCUGCACAAAUUUACAGCUUACUAAUUCUCUACAUGCUCUUUUUCCUAUGAUAAUUCUGCAAAGGGCUAGACCAGCCUAGCUUCUGAACAGAGGCAGAGACUAACCUUAAUGGCAGAAAACAGGGAAAAAAGAGCUUUGGUUUUCUACUCAGAACUAAGGUCAGUCUCUUUAUUCCCUUUACUAUCGUGUUCAGUCAGUGGGACUCUGAUCUCCUUUCCUUAGGAGAAUUUUACUCUUGAAAAAUGAAUGAAAAGUUGUUUCUCAGAA